ACUUAGAAGAGCGCGUUCGUUUUUCGCAAUCUUUUUCUCGUUUCGCAAACUCAUCAAAAGGACAAAACGACGGACAAGACUCUUAAAAGUUCUUUACAAUGGAAGUAACGUCUCGCUUGAAGCCGGGAGAGGUGGACCUCGGGACAACCAUCAUGGCCGUCCAAUUUGCAGAUGGUGUUAUCAUUGGUGCCGACUCACGGACAACAACCGGCUCGUAUAUUGCCAAUCGUGUUACCGACAAGCUGACGUCCGUCCACGACUUGAUUUACUGCUGCCGAAGUGGAAGUGCUGCAGAUACACAGGCUGUGGCAGAUAUUGUGCACUACUACUUGCAACUCUACGCUGUCCAGGAAGGCGAACGCCCUCGCGUCCACACAGCAGCCUCCCUCUUCCAAGAACUUUGCUACCAGAACAAGGACGCACUGCAAGCGGGUAUUAUCGUCGCCGGAUGGGACAAGUAUGACGGACCCUCCGUGUACGCCAUCCCUUUGGGCGGAUCCAUUCACAAACAACCUUUCUCGAUCGGUGGAUCUGGGUCAACCUAUAUCUACGGGUACUGUGAUGCAGCAUAUCGGGAGGGAAUGGACCGAGACGAAGCCAUAGACUUCACCAAAAAAGCUAUCGCGCUUGCAAUGUCGAGGGAUGGAUCUUCGGGAGGUGUCAUUCGGUUGGCGGUUAUUACAAAGGAUGGUGUAGAACGGAUCUUUGUCCCGGGCAACAAGCUCCCCAGGUUCUGGGAAGGUUAAUGUUGAGAAUAGAGAUCCGCCUUGUUUUAAAUGAAUUUCUUUUUGUGAAUAAUGGCGAGCUGGUUGGUGUCACCCUUUCUGAUGAAAAGCCAAAAUGCAAAGCAAAUAGUCAUGGCCGAUGAGCUGCGUGUUGUCAAGCAUGGC